GCACGCAGCAUGGCGUCCAAUAUCUACUUAGUUCGCCAGCGGAUCAGCCGGCUCGGGCAGAGGAUGUCCGGCUUCCAGAUCAACCUCAACCCGCUCAAGGAGCCGCUCGGCUUCAUCAAGGUCCUCGAGUGGGUUGCUUCCAUCUUUGCUUUUGCCACCUGUGGAGGUUUUAAGGGCAAAACAGAAAUUUUAGUGCAUUGUCCUAAAGCUGCUGACAAUAAAACUGUUACAGCUAAUUUUGGUUACCCAUUCAGGUUGAAUCAGGCAUCUUUUCAGGCAGCUCCAGAAGUAAAUGUAUGUGAUAUCAAGUGGAAUGAAUAUGUUCUGAUCGGUGAUUACUCUUCCUCUGCACAAUUCUAUGUCACCUUUGCAGUCUUUGUCUUCCUGUACUGCAUUGCUGCUCUUCUGCUUUACGUUGGUUACACGAACCUGUAUCGAGAUAUUCGAAAACUUCCCAUGAUUGACUUUAUUAUUACUCUUGUUGUCACUUUUUUGUGGUUGGUGAGCACUUCAGCCUGGGCUAAAACUCUUACAGAUAUUAAAGUAGCUACCAGUCCCAAAAUUAUUCCAGAACUUGAGCCUUGCAGUAAGCAUCCAGGAGUGACCUGUUAUUUUGACUCUGUCACCAGUAUGGGAUCCCUAAAUGUCUCUGUGAUCUUUGGAUUUCUGAAUAUGAUACUUUGGGGAGGAAAUGCUUGGUUUGUGUACAAGGAGACCAGCUUACACAGUCCAUCAAACACUUCUGCACAUGGUCAAGGAGGUAUCCCACCUCCUGCUGCAAUGUAACUAAAGGGGGAAAUACACUUUGUAAAAUAUGU